AUGGCUACUCCUUUGAAAGUGCUCUGGUUCAAGGCACAUGGAGCACAUGCACACCCAUGUCUGGAAGAACUUUCAGUUACAAGGGUGCUGUUGUCAGGACUGAUUGGUGUUGUCUCAUGGAAAAGGCCUCUCUCACUUGUGAUAACCUUUUUCAUGCUAUUGUCUGCUGUGUGUGUAAUGCUUAACUUGGCUGGUUCCAUCCUCUCGUGUCAGAAUGCUCAACUGGUAAGCUCCCUGGAAGGCUGUCAGUUGAUUAAAUUUGACAGUGAUGGUGUCUGUGUUUGCUGUGAAAUGCCACACCAAACAUCGGGCUGCAGCAACCUUGGAGAAACGCUGAAAUUGAACCCACUGCAGGAGUGUAAUGUUGUGAGGCUGACCCUAAAGGAUCUGUUGUUCAGUGUGUGCGCUCUCAAUAUCAUCUCCACAAUAGUCUGUGCGUUGGCAACUGCAAUGUGCUGCAUGCAGAUGGUUUCUUCUGAUGUUCUGCAAAUGUUUCUGCCACAGAGAUCACAUUCCACCAACCCAGACUGUAUGACUCCCCAUGGAACUAUUCUACAUCAGACCCUGGACUUUGACGAGUUCAUACCUCCAAUACCACCACCACCCUACUAUCCACCUGAAUAUACUUGCGCACCUGUGAUGGAAGCACAGAGAGGUCUCCAUUUGGACUUUCCUCAUUCCCCCUUCAGUGCUUUAUAUGAAGUCACCAUUAACAGCCCAGGAAUGCUAUAUCCAACGGAGCUGCCCCCUCCUUAUGAAGCAGUGAUUGGACAGGCCCCUGCUAGUCAGGUCACCGAUGCAACUCAACAAGUGACCGAGUCCAGUGUGGGUGAGAGAAACACAACAGCCGGCUUUAGCACACAAGCGUCUGUUGACAGUACCUCCCUGCUGGCCUCUGAGAUUGCGGAUCUUCCAGAUCAUAGAUACUCGUCAGAGGAUCUUUAUUCUCUGGAAGUUCAGGGGUCUCUUCAUUCCACAGACUUUUCUCCGUCCAGUACAACCCACCGCGGUGCCACAAACAAAAGCUGCGCCAGUUUGGAUCACAGCAUUCGCUCUGGGUUUCGCAGGACUAGCUCACAAUAUUCUCCUGAUGAGGAUGGCAGUUCCCACAGCAGAGCCUCUGUGGACAGGUUUCAAGGCCAGGAAUAUGAGAACUAUGGUCCUGUCAGAACCUCAGUCUGCUCCGCAGAGAAUUUCAGCCCAUCAGAAAGAGAAUCCCAGAGCUCUGUGAAAGAAAACAGAGCCACGCCACCCCUGAAACAAAUGAAAAUAUGUUGUGGGGUCUUUAACCAGCCCGCUGCCGUACACUCUCAGUCCUCGCCCUGUUCCAUGCCUGCAACUACUUCAUCACACUGUGGCUGCUCUGAGAGAACUGCCCAGCCGCAUUGCGUUAGGAAAUACAGAAUUCCAAACAUAGUCCGAUCUACUAGUGACCCUGUAGCAUGUUCAUCCAGCACAGAAGUUCCCGUUUCUAGUUCUCAUGUGGCUGCCUCUGCUUGCCAGGAUUCUGUAAGCCGUUUGCUACCCACUGGAAAACAAAGAGAGACAAGGAAAACUGACCUACAUUUAAAGCCAAAGGCCUGCAACACAAUCUCCAAAGAGCGACCACACUCUUUAGUAGACAUUAAGGCCUAUAAAGACACAAAAAUUUUGGUGGCUAAAUUUUUGGAACAUUCAAACUGUAAUCUCCCUCCAGAAGUGCGGCACGUGGUGAACAGCAUAAGAUCUGUAAUCAAAUCUGAUGAGAGACACAUGGAAGAAGCCAUCUUCAGUGCCAACAUUAUAGACCAGGUAAUUACAAGUUCCCGGCAGAAUGUGAACACCUCUAGAAAGCGACUUCAAGAAGAUCUUCACCUUCAGAGUUGUGGUGCUCUCAGUUCUCCAGUUGCCUUCUUACGCAGGUCCCACAUCUCUCGCAGGUUAGAGCGGGACAGGCCACACAGUUUGAUUGGAGUUUGUCGGGAGACCAUCCUUUGACAACAGCUUACAGGUGUGUUAGGAAAAGAUGAUUCCAGCAAAGAGAAGACUCCAGCAGAGAAAUGCAAAUGAUGGAUGGCUUAGACAGGAAAAAGGGUGUCGUCAUUCUGGAAUUACACUUUUUAAAGCAACACCCAGCUUUUUCUGAAUGUAAAUUUAAGCCCUGCAAUUUUGCAAAAUUUAUAGGGUUAUUAUUAAACUUGUAAAAACGUUUUCCCAGAUAUACAUUGAUUUGAACGUAUCAACGGAGAUGCUGCAGCCCUGUAGCAUUUCCUGAAAACUAUCACCAAGAGACCUUUUGUACAACUUACAAGUUGCAUUUAUUUAAUGUACCUCAAUGAAUUUUAACGAUCAUCAGUGUUUUAAUAAAAAGUAUUUCUGGACUUUGCUUCCGCAAAAACGGAUUUGGAUAGAAAUACAAACAUUCGCUCUUAUUACAGGAGCAUAGUUGCUUUCACUGGUCCCUUUGUUGCCAUAGCUAAGUGUACGUAGGUUUCAAGAUGCUAAGCUAAUUGUCUUCUGCUAGAGCUGUUUUUUUUCCUCAAAUGUCUCGUGCCCUUUUACAUUCUAGUAAAGGCUGCACAAUGGUUUAUUUUUUGCUUUGUUCUGAAUGCUCAUGAGUUUGGUUUGGGAGAUGCCAUUUUAAAUUGAGGUCUAAAUUCACUAGAAACGAUGUUCUACAAUUGCACCAUAGACAAAGCCAUUGUGCUGCUGGAACUGCUUAAAAGCUGGCUUCCAUAACCUUUCAUGUACAACCACUGAGCUGAAUCCAGACAGGGCUACCAAGGGGCAGGGGUAGGGAGUACAAAAGGCUCUCCCACCUUGUUUGAGAGGUCCCCCAAAAUGAAGAGGGCAGCUAAGCCAAAUUUGAGUGAGUGGCGUUAUAGCUUGGAACACAGGGUUAUGGAGCCACUCAGAUUUGGUACCCAAUAUUGGUAGUAUGGGCGGUGACUCCCCCAUCAUGGCUAGCCCAGAUCCUACUGCUACCAGGGUUAUCUGGCAGGUCUGAAACUGUGCAGAUUUAGGAAUAGGGUAGGAGGAUAUUUUCCCACCAGUGGAGGGGCCACAGCUCCCCUUACUCUGUGGGGAGAGCAGCCAUGGAUCCUCACCGACCAUCUCUCAUUCCUUCUCUUCAAACUUUCGUUUUCAUGGUAAGUUUGGAGGGGGGUGAGGGGACUCAGUUUCAGAUUUUGCUCUGGGCCCCAAAAACCUCUUUAAAACUCUGAAUCUACAUAGAUUUUUAGCAUCCAUUUGUUAGCUUGAAGAAGAAUUUUUCUACUAAAAUUGUCUUCUAGUAGUUCUGCACUACAAAACCUCAACCAUACCAACAGCAGACACUGCCUGCCAGGUCUUUGAGAACAAAGCAGUACAAAUUACAAGUCAGCAGAGAUAGGAAAGUGCAUGAACAGUGUUAGGAAAAGAACAGCGCUCACAUAAGGAAUCCAGUCUAAUGUGCAAAACUUUAACUUUUAUAAACACAUCUCUGGCAUUUAAUUGCUUGCCUGUUUCCAUUUGUGUCACUCUAAACUUGGCAUACAAUCUGUGAAAAGGUUGCAAAGAUGCGUAGCUAGAGAUGGGUAGCUUUAGUUCAGAAUGUAUGUUUGUCAAUCAUCAACACCACUAUGUGUUAAGUUGAUGCUGCUUCAGCUACACUGGUGUGAAGCUACAGUGACAUCCAGUGGCAACAAGGUAGGGUAACAUAAGCAUCCAUUUACCAUGAAUUCCACAGAUACACCACCUACUAUAAUUUGACUUCAAGGCAGCAGGCGGAGUCCAACUAUUUGAUUCUUUGCAACUGCACUUAGAUGAAGAAUUAAAUGGGGAUAUUUCUAGUAAGAUUUUUGAAUUCUUUCUAACAGAAUGAACAAGAUAAGCAAGUUGUCUUUAUUACUCCAGAUUUAUUAGUGAUACUAGGGUUAAUUCUUUCCUAAGGUCAGUUGCAUGCAACAUAUAUGUUACUCCUUAAAAUACAGUAAUCCUAAUGCUUUAGUUACUGCAUGGUAAGGCUUCUAAAGUCACAGUGUAUUUGCUUCAAGGCCUUGCCCUCCUUCCUCACGCCCCACCCCCCCAAAAAUCAAGACAGUUACAUUAAUGAACAAUUUCUCAUCAUGAAUACAACUUUACUACUACUUAGUUAAUCUAUACACAUUCUAAUACUGCUGAUGGUGCUAGUUCCUCUUCUUUCACCAGAAAUAAACAUUCAGAACAAUGCCUCAGGAACAAGAAUGUUUUUAUAAAAGACUAAGUAUGUCUCUCAAAUUUUUGAGCUAGUGUAAAUCAAAAGAUAAUAAAUAUUACACAAACUGUGGAACAAAUUUAAGUAUCAGAGAAGUAGUUGUGUUAAACCAUGAAAAUUAAAAAUAAAUGUAAAUAAAUAUUUUAAAAUUUGUGGCAUUUAUUCUUUAUUUAGCAUAAGAAACACUUUCCUGUUCUUGUGUUAUACACUUAUAUUCACAUUUUGCAUACUUACCAUUAUGACAAAUGUAACGUAAUUACACCAAGUACUACAACUGUUUUACUUUACAUUAGAAUCUAACAGCACACAUUCCUAAUCACUGAAAUUUUAAAAUGCCAUCUGCCCUGGAUCAGCUUUCAAAUUAUGCAUUACCCUGUGGUGGACCAUUACAUGGGGCUUGGAUUUUUUUUUUUUUUUAAUGUGAGGCUGCUGUUUCAUUAUCUUUGCAGUAAAUUUUCUGCUGACUCAUUCUCACAUCAUCAAGUAUGACAGACAUAUGUUGUACACCAUGCCACAUGAAGAUUACAAAUAAAUAUGUUAAAGUUUCAAUGAGAAAAGAGUUUAGAAGAUGUUGCAAAAUACUAUGUCUUACAAAGAUUUUAUAUCAGUGAUUAUUGUCCUUGAUAAAGAUGGUCAUCACUUUUUGGCAAGGAAGAGAAAAGGAAGAGAUGCUUGGCCAUUCAAUUUGAAGAGUCUUCAGGUCCUAUUUCAAAGCCUUUCAUU